AUGGGUGCGGCCAUCCAGGCUGGUGUCUUGAAGGGCGACGUGAAGGAUGUGCUUCUGCUGGACGUGACGCCGCUGUCCCUGGGCAUCGAGACCCUGGGAGGGGUCUUCACCCGUCUUAUCAACAGGAAUACGCCGGGUCCUCAGAAGGAGAGGACUUGA